AUGAUCGCAACGGAAAGAUGCCAUACGACUGCCAAAUUACAACACCAACCAAAGCUUGCUUUAAUCGUCAAAGGUAAUACAAAAUAUAUUAGGACCACAACAAAUGCAGGUGGUAAUGUGAUUACAGAUGUAUCUAUAUUAGAACAAUUCGUGCCUGCUACUGCUAUGUUCUCAAAAUUCAAAGGUGGUAGUCAAGCGCAGUGUCCAACUGAAACCAAUCCCAUUGGACAAUUCUUCGAAAUUGGAAAGCAAGUGGCUAGCGCCGGGCCUGAACUAGUAUGGAAAAUUCACGACGCCUAUAGAAAAAGCGAUGGAAAGGUUGCCCAUGGAGGUAUCGGUCGAUGUUUAGAACAACAAUCUGCAUGUUUGACGUGA